CUCCCCAGGCAUGGGCAGUCCCCAUCCCCACCCGUCUUCGCUUCUUCGCGAGCAGAAGGAGAGGGUAGGAGGAGGAGGAGGAGGGGGACGGCCGGACGGGGACGUUUCGCGCAUCCUGCCUCGCCCUCGCCGGCUUCCUCCACUCGAGCGGCUCGCUGAGGAAAUAGUGAAAGAGAACUAUGAGUUCAGUGAGUGGUACAACCAAUGGCCAUGGGAAAGAAGCGGCAUUUUAUGAGGAGCAGCUGUCCAAGAUUGGUAAAGUUAGAACUGACCUAGGACAACUAUCCGGAAAAUCAGCUCUAUAUUGCUCAGACGCUUCAAUUGCAAGGUACCUGAUAGCAAGGAACUGGGACGUAAAGAAGGCUACUAGAAUGCUGAAGAAAACCUUAAAAUGGCGUUCAGAAUAUAAGCCAGAUGAAAUCCGUUGGGAUGACAUAUCUGAUGAAGCGGUGACGGGAAAAACUUACCGAACUGAUUACUUUGACAAGAUUGGGCGGAGUAUACUUGUCAUGAGACCUGGAUGCCAGAAUACAAAGAAUCCCAAUGGGCAAGUCAAGUACUUGGUGUACUGUAUGGAGAAUGCAAUUCUAAAUCUGCCACAUGGUCAGGAUCAGAUGGUUUGGCUCAUUGAUUUUGCUGGUUUCAACUUAGGUAACUUGUCAAUUCAGGUGACAAAGAUGACGGCAGAUGUCCUACAAGGCCAUUAUCCUGAAAGAUUGGGUGUGGCAAUUCUUUACAAUGCUCCAAGGUUUUUUGAGCCUUUCUGGAAGAUGGCAAGCCCCCUUCUUGAGAAGAAGACCAGAAACAAGGUAAAGUUUGUAUACUCAGACAGACCUGACACCAUGAAGAUCAUGGAAGACCUUUUCAACAUGGAUGAGUUAGAAUGUGCAUUUGGUGGCAAGAACCCAGCUACUUUCAAUAUAAAUGAUUAUGCUGUUAGGAUGAGAGAAGAUGACAAGAAGAUGCCAUUAUUCUGGAGCCCUGAGAAUUCAGCUCUAGCUUCUGAGCCAUAUCUGAUGAGCAGCCAAAAGGCCCUAGAAAGCAUCUCGGGUGUGAAGACCGAGGAGGCUGGAUCUGGAAAGAGGGAAAACCUGGAGACUGCUCCUGAAAAGAGUGAAGAAUCGGAUACCGAAUCUGAAAAGGAGGAACAAACACGGACUGAAUCAAGCACAGUUGAGCAGAAAAACUUGCCAGGAGAAGCUAAUGCCCCAGCAGAUAAAAGUGGCGUUUAAUCUGAUCUCUGAGUAUCACCAUGAAACAAAAACUCUAAAAAUUGAUAGAAUCUCUACCACAGUUCACUAAAAGAUGAACACGAAAGGCGAUGAGAAACUCUUUUAACACGGCAAAUCGUCAUGCCUGACUUGUUUUGUAGUCAGGCACCUAUUUCUCUGUCCUCACAAUUGAGGAACCCAUUAUGGUAAAGAACUAAUACCAUAAUGUUACCCUCACUUUUCAAUUUUCAUGACAGAAUGUGAUCCGGUGUUCAGUUUCUGCUAUGCCCUUGUAUUUACUGGGGAAAAAAUACUAUUGUAUCUGGCAGGCAUGUUAUAUGCUCGAUAGCAAAACCGCAAGCGCUUUUCACCAGCAGCUGUUGGGUGAAAUACCAUUGUUCACUUGUAUUCUGUUCAGUAACCACCAUUGACUUUCAGUUAGUAUACCACUUGGUACAAGACAAGUGUUAGGCUUGAAAAA